GGAAGUCGUGCGCCGUCGGUGUUGCCAUGGAGCCCGGGCGGAGGAGCCCCCCGGUCCGGCUGCGGAAGCGGAAGUCGGUGUUGUACCGGCCCGGGGAGCCCGCGGGGGGGCCCGGGGGGCGGGCCAAAGCUAUUUUAGGAGAAAACGUCUACCUGUGCUUGUUUUCUAUCACGCUGAGGCUGUUAAACUGCUUCUUGGUCCAAACAAGUUUUGUCCCAGAUGAAUACUGGCAGUCCCUUGAAGUUGCACAUCACAUGGUCUUCAAUUAUGGCUAUUUGACCUGGGAGUGGACGGAAGGUUUGCGGAGUCAUCUCUACCCUCUGCUGUUUGCCAGCAUCUACAAAGUGCUGCAUCUAUUUACAAAGGAUGACGUUCAGCUGCUGAUCUGGCUUCCUCGAAUCGCACAAGCCCUUCUGGCAGCGCUUGCAGAUGUGAAGUUAUACUCCUUAGUGAAGCGACUGGAUGACGCUGAGACGGCCAAAUGGGUGUACUUCUGCCAGUUGUGUUCUUGGUUCACAUGGUACUGCUGUACCAGAACUCUAACCAACACCAUGGAAACUGUUAUCACCACCUUUGCUCUUUACUACUACCCCAUGGGAGGCACGAAGAUGGGGAGCAGCCUUCCCUACUUGAGCCUGGCAGCUCUUGCCUUGAUGAUCCGCCCGACAGCUGCCCUUCUGUGGACUCCGUUGCUGCUCAGGCACUUUUGGAAAGAGCCCAAGAAGCGGCAGCUUGUCCUGUACAGGUGCAUCCCAGUGGGAUUGAUCGUUUUGGGAGGCGCUUUAGUCAUUGACCGCAUCUUCUUCGGCAAGUGGGUUGUGGUACAGCUGAACUUCCUGAAGUUCAACGUGCUGCAGAACCUGGCCACCUUCUACGGAUCCCACCCUUGGCACUGGUAUUUCACGCAGGGCUUGCCAGUCGCCCUCGGCCCUCAUCUCCCCUUCUUUAUUCAUGGCUGCUUCCAAGCACCAAAGAGGCAUCGCGUAUUCCUGGUUGUGGUGCUUUGGACGGCGGCAAUUUACAGCACACUGAGCCACAAAGAAUUCAGGUUUAUCUAUCCGGUGUUACCCAUGUGUAUGAUAUUUUGCGGGCAUUCGCUUAAACAGCUGAAAAGGUGGAGGAAGGCAGCCGUCUCCUUCCUGCUGAUCUCCAACUCACUGCCCGCUCUCUACACUGGUUUGGUCCAUCAGCGUGGAGCUCUUGACGUCAUGGGCCACCUGCAAGAACUCUGCAGCGCUCCUGACCCAGAACAGGUGUCCGUCUUUAUGCUGAUGCCGUGCCAUUCAACUCCUUAUUACAGCCACGUUCACUGCCCGUUGCAACUGAGGUUCCUUCAGUGCCCUCCAGAUUUGACAGGAAGGAAGGAUUAUCUCGAUGAAGCUGACUUGUUCUACGCCAGCCCUCUCAAGUGGCUCAGAGAAGAGUUUUCUAACGCAACGCUGCUACCCUCACACUUGGUCUUAUUCAGCGUGCUUGAGCAGGAUAUCUCAUCAUUUCUAGCUUCAAACCGUUAUGAAAAAGCUGCCACGUUCUUUCAUACCCAUCUGCCUCAAGGACGAAUUGGAAGCGACAUUUUGGUCUACAAAAGGAAUCAAAGGCAUUUUUGAAGAUGGAGUCAGGUAACCGUGCAAGUUGGAGAUGUGUAAAGAUCACGUGCAGCUGAUGAGGCACAACUAAGGGGUAGAGCCUAAAUCCUAUCCCUUUUCGGGCAGAAGCAAGUCUGGCUGAAUUUAGUGGCAGCCUCAAACACUUUCCAUUUGCUGUAGGGACACGCACCCAUCACGAGCAGAACAUGGUCAGCAUUGUGAAGGCCGCCUUCUGUGCAAAGACAUCAACCUUACUCAGAGUAUGUACAGCUGUGCAAACCUUUUAUAAAUAAAAUAUUUGUUUUCCAA